GUAGAGAUUGAGAAGCUGGACUAUCACCACUACCUGCCAUUGUUUUUUGACGGGCUCUGUGAGACGGUUCACCCCUACGAGUUCUUUGCACGACAGGGAGUGCAUGACAUGCUGGAGCAUGGAGGCACCAAGAUUCUCCCCGUCAUCCCACAGCUCAUCAUCCCCAUCAAGAAUGCUCUCAACACUCGGAACAGGCAGGUGAUCUGCACCACACUGAAGAUCCUGCAGCAUCUGGUGAUCUCAGGAGACAUGGUGGGGGAGGCCUUGGUUCCCUACUACAGGCAGAUCCUGCCCAUCCUCAACAUCUUCAAGAACAUGAACCGUGAGUAGAGCUUCCCCGACACAAAUCCACGUCAC